GCGUUGCAGAAGAUGACGAAGACUACAGGCAAUUUGGGCGAGGACGCGGUCAACGGCACGGCUCUUCCCGCGAGCUCACCUGGGGUGGCAGAGGACUUGCAGAAGGAGCUGAGCAAUCCAAGUGUCAGGGGGCGAGUGCAAGACGUCGCCUCAGACCCGGAGAAGCUGGCCAAGGUCAUCCAUGCAAGCCCGCUGGUCCAGCAGCUGGCUGCUAUGAAUCCAGUCGCCGCGCAGGUCAUCAACAGCCCAGAUGCCUUGCAGAAGAUGUUCAGCAAAGAGAUGCUGGAUUUGCUGCAAGAGGGCCAGAAGCCGGGCGAUGCUAUGCUUGAGUCCAUCCUCCAAGCAUCGCAGGCCCACAAGUCAGACCCCUAG